CCUAGCUCUCGGCUGUCUCCAGCAUUUUUGGCAAGAUCUGGAAAGUAACAUGUACCUAGAAGAUGGGAGUUGUAUCUGACUCUGGAUAUACUACUGCUGCCUCUGCUGGUGACUAGCAAUCAAGAUACUUCGCAAAUUGUGAUGUCCGGAAGCAACGUGAGCCUGCAAAUCUCAGAGAUACCCAAAAACUUCACACAUCUGACCUGGCUUCAUACUACCAAACAAAAGAUUGUAGAAUGGACAUUGGGUGAAACUCCUAACUACUUCCAGUCUAGAUUUAAGGACAAAGUCAUUCUUGAUCCUGAAAGUGCUGUGCUACACAUCAAAGAGGUUGGAAAAGAAGAGAACGGCAUCUACCUCUUAAGAGUGUUGAUGCAGAAUGGAAGUGAAAAAGAGAGGAAGAUAACCCUGAAGGUGAUUGACCCUGUACCCAAGCCUGUCAUAAAAAUUGAGAAGAUACAGAAACUGGACGACAACUGUUACCUGAAUCUAUCAUGUUUGACACAGAAUGAGUCUGUCGACUACCUUUGGUACAGGGACUCAGGGCCCUUUUCCAAGGAGCUCCAGAGAAGUGUGCUUGAAGUCAUCAUUAAUCCACAGAACCAAUCAAAGUUUUACACCUGCCAAGUCAGCAAUCCUGUAAGCAGCAAGAACGACACGCUGUACUUCAUUCCACCCUGUGACCUGGCCCAAUCCUCUGGAGUAACACAGAUUGCAGAUUGGCUAAUGUUCACGGUACUCACCACUCUUGGCCUUCUGUUUACCUGAGAUGAGCGCUUCUUUCUCAAGAGUGAAACUUCAAGUCCAGAGACCGUCGUCUUCAUCACAACAAUGCUCUUAGCCAGCAUAGGAGUUCUGGCUAUAUGGGACAGGGGAAGCAUCAAGAUUUUCAAUUAGCUUUUUAAAAAUGAUGGUCGCUAUUUCAUUUUAUAUUCCCUAGUUCAUUUCCAACAUACAUAAAAUGAUAUGCAUACAUUCCUUCCACCCCCUAAAAAAUGUGCUCACACUAUGCUAAUAUUUCCUUUUACAUUUUUUAAAAUAUAUUUCGAUUUUGUGUGCUGAUGAUUGAAGCCAGAUCCUUGGGUAUGCUAGGCAAGCCCUCUACCACUAAAUUACAUGUCCAGCCUGGCAAAAAUUUUUUUACCUGUUUAGAUAUUUAAUAUGUCCAUCAAAGUGGAUUCCUGAAGUUGCUCAAAUUCUGUCAGAUUGUGCCUGCAUCAUUAACCUGGACAAACUGGAACACAAAGAUGAAGAGCUUGAGAUUACAGGCUCCUGUUCUCAGCACAGCUGAGAAGUUAAGUUAUGCUACCUCUGACAUUUGUUCUAACAUCUAUACCAAGUUUCCUGGGGUUCUGCUCUCCCAAGAUCCUUUCCUACACCAAGUCCAGCCUCCUUUUCUGUGGUUUGACUAGAAUCCCACUUCUUAGGUCUCCUGUGAAUAUGAAGUCAGGUUUGCUCCCUGAGAACUGAGUAUGCAGAUUUAUCACCUAACAAGGAUCCUUGUCACCAAGCCUUUCAUGGAGACCUGAGUUCUCCUUUCUCUUUUCACAAAUGUCACUAUGUGAGCAAGACUUCAAGUCUUAGAUGUGUCAUGGGAUCCAAUGAAAGCCUGAGAUUGACACAAUGUUCUCACCAAGAUCUGUCACUAAAAGCGGGCAAAAGUUCCCAGGUCCACCCCUGCAUAACUCCUAGGAUUUUUUUCUUUUUUGCUUCUCUAAGUCCCUUCAUGGGCCCAGAGCUGGCCAGGGGCAGGAAGGUGGGAGCACUAAAAGAUGCUCUUUCCCUUUAGGAAACUGCCUACCACAGACAACUUUCUCCUUAAACCGGGCCAGCCUCUCCU